GCGCCGAGGAAGAAGCACGAGAAGCUGCUUGUUCAGCAAGGGAAAGAGAGCUCCUCGUCCUACCCCCUACGCUCUCCGCUCCUCCCUUCACCUGUCUUUCUCCUGCAACCAGUAGCUUCAUCCGCCCCUCCUCCUCGCCGCUCGCUCCUUGCUCUUGCGAACUCUUCCUUCAGCUUUACUUGUAGUGUUCCCAGACGAGGCCCUCGAUAUACACGGCCUCUUCCUUGCUUUGGUUUGAAAGCCUCAGAUCUAUCUCUUGCAAUCAGAAUUUGUCGCGAUCCAGCAUAACAGCCCAUUUCCCCGGGCAGCGGAGCAAGAAAUGGUGUCUUACGUCAACACCAAAGCGCCGCAGGACCACAAGAAAGGCUCUCAGACGGAUUUUGUUUCUCAAGUGGCGACCAACAGCAUUCCAAACAGCAUCUGGAAUACUCAGAACGUGGUGAUGCUGAGUUCCCUGCCGAACAAAACAUUGAGCCAUGCCGAAACCUUGAGAAACGAAGAUUUCAUUCCCUCGGCGUACAGUCUUUUGCAGUCUCUUCAGAAAGCGAAUGAUGCACGUAGUUCUGAUCAAACAUCUGCUGUAUCAUCCAUCUCUAGUGGUUCUUCAUCCGUGGUAGCUGAGUAUCAACAAACUGCUACAAGGGCGGAGGCCUCAUGGGAGGCAGCCAAACAAAAAGCAUCAUCAUGCAAAGCAGAGAGUGACAGCUCGUUGCCAUCUGGGCAUGAGAGAGUACCAAAGCAGACGCUGAGUAGUGGGAAUUCGUUCUUGCAAUUCCUAGAAGUGCUAGAAACUGAUGGAGUUGUCGUCAGACACUUUGGAAAAGUUCCAAGCAGGCUCAAGGGUAUUUGUGGCUGGACGGUGAAGGAUCAUAUGAUGGACGAGUGGCAUAGGAGGAGACGAGAAUGGUUCAUGGCGGGAAAAGAGGGAAAGAUCUACAAACCCAACUCGCUGUACCAGAUUCUUCGUAGACUAGGCUUCUUCCCCACUGAGGGAACGAAGAGAGCAAGUCACGGCCUUGACUUCGAAGGCAGCAGGACGUUCUGGUGGGACGAGGGCCUGAGGAACAAGUACACCCAUCGGAGGAGCUGCCACGCAAACACGCAGGCUGUCAAACUGGAGGAGAGCCCUUCGGAGUCGGAACAGUCGUCAUCCAACUCCCCCCGAGCUGGUCAGGACAGCCCUGACAUGAGCAGCAUGUCGUCCGACCUCACAGCUGUGCAAGGCCCAGCAGGACAUCCAGCUGAUGUGUUGGGCGGCUCGAGCGUUUCGGUUGACAGCAAGGGCAAUAUCUUUAUCCUUGACUUGUGCAGUCACGGGGUGCGCAAGAUCACUCCGAGAGGCGUCGUUUCCGUCCUCGCCAACCGAAUUUCUCCUUUGCCUAACUUCCUAUUGGGUGAACAAGAGCAAGACAGAAGGAUGAAAACGAUGCUUCAAGAUGCUGUACAGAUCUAUGCUGAAGAUAAAGAUCAGUCACACGUUGAGAUGACGCUGAAGAUGAAGAUAAGAGAGAAUUGGUCAAAACGAUAGCGGCAUCGCCAUGUGGUGAAGAGGAUUUCUCUUCCUUGUUUUUGUGGGAUCAAUGAAUAGAGCAGCAAGCA